AUGGGUCUGUGGCCCCAAGGCGAGAUGCAGGGGCCUGAAGUGCGAGGGCGCAAAGGCUUGCGGGGCUCGCUGAAGUUACGGGGGAAGUUUGCUGGGAAGAAGAGGAAAAUCUCCCCAAACUCAAGCAGUAAAGUCCUGGAGUUAAAAAAAAAAUGGCUUUUCACUUCUGGAAGCGGAAGAGGCAUCGCUCUCUCCUGUGGACAAACCUUGAGGUACCCCUGCAGCAAUAACCUGGAGGAGGAGCCGGUCUGCGAGAGCAGGGGCCACCGACAAGUUAUUGGUCGAGGCAUUCACGGGUCCUCGGCCUCCGUGCACUUUGAACAGGCCCCGGGCACCGAGGCGGCUUCCUCCGCGGGCCAGGCAGGCGGGGCGCCCAAGACCCAGGGCCCUGAUCUGAAAGGCAAGCCCUACUUCUCUGGCUGA